AUGACAUCAAAGUUGCAGAAGCUCAAUGAAGGUGCAAAAGAACUUUGGAAAACUACUAUAGGUAGUAGAAAAGCAGUUGAGUAUGCCCAGAUUACUGCAUAUCUGCUGACAAAUCCAGCAAAAUUAACUUUUAAAAUUUUCUUUCAUUUAAUACUAGAUUCUUUACACCCACGCCCACAAUGCGAAAAAGCAGAGUUCACUGAAGAUCAACUCAAAGAAUUUCUUGAUUACGCGAUUCUUUCAAAAGAAGUUUAUAAUGAACCCGCAAAAAGAACCAUACCAAAAGAAAUUAAUCAUAUAAUAUUUGAAGAUCCAAACUCGAAUAUUGAUAAGACACCAUAUUUUAUUGUUAAUAGCGAAGAACGAAAUAAAAUCAUCCUUGCAGUACGUGGAUCAUAUACAUUUGGUGAUUUCUUCACAGAUGUUAAGGCUAGUGCUAUAAAUGUAGAUGGAAUUCUCAUGCAUAAUGGCGUUUUUUCAGCAGCCAACGGAAUAUUUGUACGAAGUUCUGAACAUCUUGUAAAUCUAUCUAAAGAGAAUAAUGGUAGGCAAAUUGUUAUUACCGGGCACUCACUUGGUGCAGCAGUUGCCUCUGUUCUUGCCAUCCUUAUGAAAAAACAUUAUCCAGAUCUAAAUAUCAAGGCUGUAUGCUUUUCACCAGUACCAUGUGUUAGUAGUGAAGUCAUUCCUGAUUCAUAUAACUACAUUACAUCGUUUGUUGUCAGUGACGAUCCAGUUCCAUUUUUAUCUCUUCAUAACACAGCCCAAGUUCCAGAGACAGAACUCCCAGAAAUUAUUCGUAAAUUCGUAGAAGACUGUAUUACGCGUGAUAUUUCAGAUCCACUUCCUCUUCCAGAAGAUUUAGACAUGUUUUCGAAUCCUUUCGAACAACCUUCUCCGUCAAUGGAUAAAAUUAUUGAGGAUUUGAAGAAGAUCUCAAUGAGAACAACAGCUUUGUAUCCUCCAGGAAGAAUGUAUAGAUUCCUUUUGACAGGUUCUACGUUCAAGAGAAUUUCGGCAGAAAAAAUUGAUGAUAAUAUCGAAUAUUUCGGUGUAUUUAGAAAAGGAGUGAAUGAAGAAGAUCACGCAAUGAUAAUUUAUCAUGACAGCGUGGCUGAGUUACUUCAAAUGCUCGAAAAUGAUAAAAAAUAG